UUUCUAAAAGCUGUUUAGCAUCAUCGAUAGACACCUAUCGACGGCCAUCAAAGUAAUCGAGUAGCAGUAUCUUGCAGUAGCACGAUGUCCUUUUAAAAUUGUAUAAAAUUGUACAUUAAAAACAACACUAGAUGCUUGAAGUGGCGACGGUUGAGCUUACGUUGUUCCAUUGCUCGCGCACAGUUUUAACCCAAACGAAUCAAAACAAGCAAUAGCAUCCAACAGCAGCAACAACCUGGAAAGCCGAUAGUGCAACGGCAACAAAUAUUUGACAUACUACACACAGAUAAAUCCAUCAAUCAAAAUGGCUGAGGCAAUGGUCGUUGAAGAGCACCCCACGGUGCCAAAGCGUUUUUUCUGUCACAUGUGCAAUGUGGAGAUCAACAUUCCGAACACCGAUUACACUUGCCCACUCUGCUCGUAUGGAUUCGUUGAGGAGCUACCAGCAAACGCACCGGAAUUGUCAGCUUCCACCAGUAACAGUGCUUUGAAUCAUGACGCGGCUAACUCAGAUGCCACCAAUGCCGUUAGCAGCGGCAGUGGUAGCGGCGCUGGCGGUAGCGGGCUAAUCAACGUUGAUUCCCUGAGGAACGAUAUUGUGUCAUUGCUCAGCAUGCGUAAUGUGCCUAACUUGGAAAUAACAAUCGAACCAAAUCGACGUCACACCAAUGUUGUGCACUUGGGUGGCCCCUCCAGUGGCAGUGUGUCAAGCGGUUCGUCAGGUGGGGCGUCCAGUAUUGGUGGUGGUCGAGUGCGACCAGCAAACUUGGAUCGUUUGGACAAUGUACUAUACGAUUUUCUGCAAAGUUUGCCUUUGGCUGGCGCAACAGCCGAAAUUGUAACCGGUCCAGGUGGCAGUGGCGGCGGUGGCGGCACUGGUCAUUCCCAUAUGUUUUUCAUGGGCAAUCCGGGCGAUUAUGCGUGGGGUCGAGAAGGCCUCGAUACGAUCGUUACACAGAUGCUCAACCAAAUGGAGACAGCGGGUCCACCGCCAUUGUCCACGCAACGCAUCAACGAAAUACCAAAUGUGAAAAUCAGUGCCGAGGAAGUGGAACGCAAAAUGCAAUGCUCCGUUUGUUGGGAUGAUUUCAAGCUGGAUGAGUCAGUGCGCAAGCUGCCCUGCUCGCAUCUGUAUCAUGAAAAUUGUAUUGUGCCAUGGCUGAAUCUGCACAGCACUUGUCCCAUUUGCCGCAAAUCGCUGGCUAAUGAUGAUAACGACGAUGCCGCUUCCAUCGAUGAGGACUAUGCGUUGCUAAAUAGCUUUCCCGAUGGGAACGGCAGCGGACGCGCAAGUGGCAGCAGCAACUCAACUGCAAGAGCUCCAACGUCCUCCAAUGCAUCUAGUCAAACAACAGCCGCACAGACGGAUCAGACAACAGCUACGCCAGCCACGCAGCAGCGCAACAACGUGUUCACUUUUGAUGAUGACAAUAUGUUUUUGGACUAAUUCCCAUAUUAUUAUGAAUAGGGAUCGGGUCGACUGCAACGGAUCGGUUCGAAAUGUGGAUGGUAAACCUGAUAUUCAAAAUUAAAGCCCACGCAGCUCAAGCGUUAGCACAUAAAAUCCAAACAGUUGCUUAUAUUUAUAAAAAGAAAGAAAGAAAAAAACUCAACGAAAAUAAUCAUAGAUACGCUUUAUUUUUUUGUUUCGAAAAGGGCUCGUAAACAAUAUUCGCAAAUUUGUUCUUAAUUUUAUAUAUUCACGGCAAUAAAAUGCUGUAAGCAUAGUGAGGCGAAUACCAAUUUUUACCCAAGUUAUGUAUAAAUUAAAAUCAAUUACAUAUAUUUAUAGCAACACAAUAGAGAAGAUAACGAGGCAUUGUAUUUGCGCUUUGUUCUAAAUAUAACUAUAACGAAAGUUGUUUAUUUAAAAAUAACCUGUAACUAGCUACUAGUUAAAAAACUAAUAUGUAAAGCCCUU